CGCGAAGCCGCACCAAUAAUCCCACCACAAGGAAUAUUGGAAGACCAAAUAAGCGAUCAUGUCGAAGAUCACGGUCGCUGGUGUGCGUACCAACGUGCAGGCCCUGCUCCAGUACUCCAACGAGGAGAAGAAGCGCAACUUCCUCGAGACCGUCGAGCUCCAGAUCGGCCUCAAGAACUACGACCCUCAGCGUGACAAGCGUUUCUCGGGUACCGUCAAGCUCCCCAAGGUCCCUCGCCCGGGCAUGUCCAUCUGCAUUCUCGGUGACCAGCACGAUAUCGAUCGUGCGAAGCACGGUGGUGUUGACGCCAUGUCCUCGGACGAUCUCAAGAAGCUCAACAAGAACAAGAAGUUGAUCAAGAAGCUCGCGCGCAAGUACGAUGCCUUCAUCGCUUCCGACUCCCUCAUCAAGCAGAUUCCUCGUCUCUUGGGACCAGGUCUCUCCAAGGCCGGCAAGUUCCCCACUCCCGUCUCCCACGCCGACGAUCUCUCCGCCAAGAUCACCGAGGUCAAGUCGACCAUCAAGUUCCAGUUGAAGAAGGUGCUCUGUAUGGGUGUGGCUGUCGGCAACGUGGACAUGACCGAGGAUGAGCUCAUCGGAAACAUCAUGUUGGCCAUCAACUACCUCGUCUCCCUCCUGAAGAAGGGCUGGCAGAACGUGGGCAGCUUGACCAUCAAGGCCAGCAUGUCCCCACCAAAGCGUCUCUACUAGAUGUAUUGCCUUCUGGCAUGGAUGGGCUUCUUCGAGCGUGUGGCUCUCUGUGUAUGAGUAGCUAGUUUUGUCUCGCCUUUGUUGGUAGAGAUGGACAAUAGAACCUCGAGUCAUCCACAUUGAGUCGCAUAUCAUAGAGGUGCUUUCUCGUACAGGAUGUGAGCUCCCGGGCAUGUGCGCACCAGCAGCUGAGCGCCAUCGAAGCAGAGGUUCAUACGCUACUGACGAAUGAAGCCUUCGCAAUGCCUUGACGGACCUGCCUCGCCGACCUCGUGCAUCGGCACC